AUGACGCGUCAGACGCGCGCGUUCGACGACGACGACGCGACGACGAUGAUGCCGACGACGACGAGGACGAGGACGAGAACGAUGGCCAUCACCACCACCGCGCGCGCGGCGGCGCGCGGUGGACGCGCGCCUCGGCAUCGCGCGCGCGUGGGAACGCGUCGACGACGAUGCGUCGAGCCGGUUCGAGCGUUCUUGGGCGGACUGUUCGGUGGAUCGUCCGCGACGAACGUCGACGCGGAUGCGGUGCGAAAGAACGAGCGAGAGUGCGUGUUACAGACGUACGGACGAGGAGAGACCGAGGUCAUGGUUCGAGGGAAGGGAUGUAAGCUGUGGGACGCCGAGGGACGGGAGUUUUUGGAUUUCACCGCGGGCAUCGCCGUGAAUUGCCUCGGACACUCGGACGAGGGCGUGGCGCGAGCGAUGUCGGCGCAGGCUCGAACGCUCGUGCACACGAGCAAUCUGUAUCACACCGAGCCCAUGUCGACGCUCGCUCGGAAGCUCAGCUCGACGUCCUUCGCCGACAAAGUUUUCUUUUGCAAUAGCGGAACGGAGGCGAACGAAGGGGCGUUGAAAUUCGCGAGAAAAUAUGCAAAGUCGCGCGCGCAGGCGAACGGUAAGAGCGUCGAGGACGCCGCGUACGAAACGGUGAGUUUCGAGAACGGAUUUCACGGUCGCACCAUGGGAGCGCUUUCGCUGACGUGGAAGGAGGGCUACCGAGCGCCGUUCGCCCCGGGCCUUCCGGGCAACACGUUCACGCCAUACGGCGAUUUGGAGGCGGCGAAGAACGUCAUCGUCAAAGGAAAGACGUGCGCAGUGUUCAUCGAGCCGGUGCAGGGCGAGGGGGGGAUCUAUCCUGCGGACGCCGAAUUUUUGAGAGGUUUGAGAAAGCUCUGCGACGAGGCAGACGCGUUGCUCGUGUACGACGAGGUUCAGUGCGGUUUGGGACGAACUGGUAAGCUUUGGGGUCAUCAAAUGGUGCAAGAUGCGGAGCCUGACAUCCUGACGGUGGCGAAGCCUCUGGCGAACGGUUUGCCCAUCGGCGCGGUGCUGAUGAAGGACAAGGUUGCUUCGGUGAUGGCUCCUGGAGACCACGGCUCGACGUUUGCGGGCGGUCCACUGGUGUGCGCCGUGGCGAACGAGGUUUUCGAUCGCGUUAGCACGCCGGCGUUUUUACAAAAUGUCGCCGACAGAGGGAACGAAUUGAAGAGCUCGCUCGCUGAGAAACUCAAGGGCCACCCGCACCUGGUCGAGGUGCGAGGCGCGGGAUUGCUCGUCGGCGUGCAGUUCGACGUCCCAGCCGCGCCGCUCGUCAAAGCCUGUCGCGACGCGGGCCUGCUCGUCAUCACCGCCGGUAAGGGUAAUAUCUUGCGCCUCGUCCCCCCGCUCAUCGUCACGAGCGCGGAGUGUCAAAAGGCGGUCGACGUCAUCGCUCGAUGCGCCUUUGACUCCUUGAAAUGA